UCCACAGCGCCCCCUAGGGGCGGUGCGCGGCGUCGCAGAGACUCGCCGCCCGGCGCGUGUGCGGGAGACGCAGAGAACCGCGCAGACGGAGAGCGCGCCGGGCACAGGCACUGAGCGCACGGAGAGAGCCGCUGGAAACGCACCGCAGAGCGCGCACACGCCGAGCAGGGGGCCGCGGAGCACGAGACUGAGACAAUGGGAGGCAAGUUAAGCAAAAAGAAGAAGGGCUACAAUGUGAACGACGAGAAGGCCAAAGACAAGGACGCCAAGGCAGAAGGAGCGUCGGCCGAGGAGGGCGAGGCCCAGAAGGAGAGCAAGGAGGAGGCGCCGGCGGCGGCCGAGAGCAACGAGGCGGCAGCCAACGAAAAGACUGAGAAGGAUGCCCAACCGGCUGCCGACCAGACAGCGGCCAAGGAGGACGACAAGGGCGCGGCAGCCAAGGAAGAGGAGAAGCCCACCGCCAACGCCAAGCCGAAGGCCGAAGCACCCAAGAGCGCCGAAUCCGCCGCCCCCAAGGAGGAGGCCAAGACUCCAGCCGCUGCUGACGCCGCUCCCGCUAAAGAGCCUGCCCAAGAGGUGAAGGCCCCGGCGCCGGCACCCCCGGUGACCGAGAGCAAGACGGACGGGGCCGACGCCAAAAAGACUGAGGCCCCCACGGCACCGGCAGCGAAAAGUGAGGCCGCACCCGCCGCCUCGGAGGCCAAGCCCACGGAAGCCCCCGCGCCUGCCGCCGCUGCGCCUGCUGCCGCUGCACCCAAGGAGGCCCCCGCCAAGGAGGCGGCCCCCAGUUCCACAACGGCCGCUACUGACAGCGCAGCCCCAGGGAAGGAGGCCAAUGCCACGGAAGCACCAGUCCCCAGCAAGGAUCAAACCGUAGCAGUUCAAGAUUAAUGGACAGCUUCUUUUAAAUCGGAAACGACGACCAGAAAAAGAAUACAAUUAAAUUGAAUUGCCCAUCCACAUUAUUAUUAUUAUUAUUAUUAUUAUUAUUAUUAUUAUUUUUCUGCUGUAGUAUUUGAACUUUGAUACAGGUCUGUUUUAACCACCCGCCUCAUGCUUCCAUCCUCACCAGUCCUCUGGGUUCUGCCCCAUCUCCGGGUGUCCCGCUUCCAUGUCUGAAGCUUCCGCCGGGGAGCUCCAGGACCAUAAACCAUCAGCGCUCCUGGACUCUCCACUCUGCAGAUGUCUGAAAACGAAACGGAAGGGUAGAAUCUCUUUACCAGCUGGACAUGCACUCUUUCGGCCCCACCUGGACCUCCCAGACACACCCUCUCACCCCCUCAUCCACCACCACUCCCCCUCCAGCCCCAUCUUCUCCCUCUUUCCCAGGGUGCAAUGUUCCUCACUGCGUCUGUAGGGCCAGCGUUGUGAUUCUUCCUUCGUGUUUCUCCUCCAGCCCCCUUUCAGCCCCUCGACUCUCCUUUCCCCCUUUCUGAUUUGUUUUCACUUUCCAUGAUGGUCAUCGAUCCCUCCCUUUCCUCCCCAAAUCACAUAGAUCUGCCCCCGGCGCCUAGAACCGUCAGAGCUGAGGAAGCGCGCAGCGCUGCAGCGCCCCACCGCCCCAUCGCCCAGUGCUAUCCUGCUCCCCGCAGCUGCCCGUCGGUGACCCUGCCCUUUAUUCCCUCAGUUUUUGGGUCUACUGACAAAUCCGCAACAUUAUCCUGCCUGCCCCUCUCUAGUGGCUCUCAACUUGCAGUCCAGUCGGAAUGGGAGCGUGGCCUCUUCGACACGCUUCUCCGCAGAGUAAGUCCGUGACAAAUUGUUUUACACCUCAAGGUGAUUAACAACCCGCAGCAGCGACAGCAGCUUUUUCCAUGGUAAAUCACAGCGGAGGAUACAAACCGUGUUCAUGGCACUAAGCGCUGGCAGUUCACUUUGCCAGCUGCGAUCCUCGAAGCCUGAUGCAACCCGCUAAACGGGUCACGACCCAUGACCAGGUUGAGCACCACUGACCCAGCUGACCUCUCUCUUACCCGCACAUUCUCUGUCAUUUUUUUCUCUAGGUAUAUAGAUAUAUAUAAAUAUAUAUUUCGCGCUAUUUAGGUUUCUACUGGCUAACACACAGCGUUCCCCUCGACGUCAGUAUUAACACCCAUCUAUGUUGAAGCGCCGCCAAGAACGUUCUGUGCUAGCCGGGCCGCCUCUUCCUCUCUUGACAAAGUAAAUGCAUGUCCGUGGUUGGGUGCACCUGUAGUCCUGUCUUUCGGUCAAGUGGAAAUGGAAAAAAAAGUCUGCAUUCAUUACAAUUACACUCACUGUUCCAUUCUGUGUCUCUGACACCAAACACAACCCAUUGAGAAAAAAAAAAAAGAUGUAAAAUGGAUGCAUUCAAAUUCUAUGUACUUGUAUACAUGGUGCAACAGUAAUAAAAUGUAAGUAAUGGAUAAAAAACA